AUGAUUGCCGUGCUGAAGGUGGAUGCUGCGGGAGCAUGGAACGAAGCAGUAAAAGGAAUCGCGCACGUCGCUACCAACGUCUCCCUCUCCUCUGAUCUUCUCCACCACGUCCUGCAGCUGCUUACCCACGACGACUUCAAGCCCAUGUUCAAAGCAGCGGGGUUCAUAACUUAUUUUUGCCCAGAGUCGUCAUCUCGUCAUUCCGUAUUCACCCUCAACGUCAAUGGAAGCCUCCUCCCCGCAUCCAUCAACUGUACGCUACCCUUCAUCUCGUGA